GUAACUGUAAGGGACAUUCAUUAAAGCUUAUGAAACUGGUAUGGAUAGUCUUUGAAGAAGUUCCGUCAAGAUGAACAGAUUUCAGUGAUGAGAAAGCGGAAUAACUCGCUCACUCAGGAUAAUGACAGCUCUGCUACCAAAACAGUGCUGGACAGCAAUUUGAAACACUGUCAGAAGACAGCAGAGGGGAACACAGAAUCAGGAGUCCAAUACGAUUCUGCUGACUCGAAUAAGACGAUGGGUCGAGCAUUCAGAAGGAGAGGCCUGAUGUGGAGACUGAGACGGAUGUUCAUGUGGGUGCUGGCCAUCUACUUCGCCAUCCCUGUCAUCGUCAAGCUCUGCCCCUCCAUCCAGGCCAAACUAGUCUUUUUAAAUUUCGUGCGGAUGCCCUACUUCAUUGACUUGAAGCGGCCGCAGGACCAGGGCCUUAACCACACCCACAACUUCUACCUGCAGCCGGAGGAGGGCGUCAACAUCGGCGUGUGGCACACGGUCCCUGAGCACAUGUGGACGGACGCCCAGGGAAAGGACCGCGAGUGGUACGAGAACGCGCUCCAGUCCUUCCACCCGGUCAUGCUCUAUCUCCAUGGAAACGCCGGCACCAGGGGAGGGGACCAUAGAGUGCAGCUCUACAAGGUGCUCAGUUCAUUAGGCUACCAUGUAGUCACGUUUGAUUAUAGGGGUUGGGGCGACUCUGAAGGCAGUCCCUCUGAGAAGGGCAUGACCUCCGAUGCCCACUUCAUCUACCAGUGGGUGAAGCAGAAGAUCGGCAGGAAGUCCCUCUACAUCUGGGGCCACUCGCUGGGGACGGGCGUGGCCACGAACCUCGUCCGACAUCUGUGUGAGCAAGGAACUCCACCAGACUCUCUGAUAUUGGAGUCUCCCUUCACCAACAUUCGUGAGGAAGCCAAAAGCCAUCCUUUCUCAAUGGUCUACAGAUACCUACCUGGAUUCGAUUGGUUCUUUCUGGACGCCAUAUCAGCAAAUGAUAUUCGAUUUGCCAGCGACGAGAAUGUGAACCACAUAUCGUGCCCUGUUCUUAUCCUGCAUGCGGAGGACGACACGGUUGUACCCUUCCAUCUGGGAAAGAAGCUGUACAACAUCGCGGCCCAGUCCAAGAGCCUGAGCGGACACAAGGUCCAGUUCAUCCCUUUCCCCGUCAGCCUGGGAUACAGACACAAGUUCAUCUACAGGAGUACCGAGCUGCCACACAUACUGAGUGACUUCCUUGGCACAACACACCCCCACGUGUAGCUGAGAACGCUUCCUGGACACCCCCCUAGACACACACACACACACACACACACACACACACACACACACCUGUUUCUCAUAAGAACAUAAACACAAGUUUACAAGUUGUGUACAAGAUACGUCUCAAACAUAUGCAUUGCCCACACACAUCUAGUACUGUACACACACACACACACACACACAAGCAUGAACUGAAAGAAGAAUGGUACCAUUCCAUUCAUUUUGCAUUCCCUUAAGCUACUGACACUCCUGCAGGACGACAGAGAGAAAGAGAGAGAAGGCGAGAACGAAGGGCUGACAUAUGGACAGAUGUUUUCACCGGUUACCGCGGCACCGACGGCAGCUGAGCUCGGGCACAAGUAUGCAAAUCACGCACCAAAAUUAACGAGACCUUAUCAUGAACGCCAUCAGCGAACACAGGGGACGGAAUCAACGUCGACAUUGAAGUUAUUUUUAACUGGACAGUGUAGCGGAAGAGAGCAACGAGAGAGAGAGACACACACACACACACACACACACACACACAGGGAAAAAGACAGAGAGAGAGAGAGAGA